CUCCUUGAGACUGUAUUGGAGUGUGCAAAAGCAGAAAGGUUUCGUUUGAUGGGGUGAAGAAAGGAAUCGUAUUGUCAGUUUAGUUCAUAUCUGGAGAAGUUCUUGUAAAUAUGCCUUCCAUUAACUUUAUAAAAAGUGAAUAUCCUUUACAUUGGCUUGUUUGGAACAAUGACUAUAAAGACUUGGAUAAGGAGUUAUCUAAGAAAGUGUAAUGUUACAGAUUUGAAGUAGCGCUUAUCUUUCGAUGUUAUCGGCGUCAUAUAGUAAGAAGAGAAAGUACGUUUAGUAAUGAAAAGAGGUGAGCAUCUGUCUUCAGCACCUCAUUUUCUUAUGGUGGCUGAUGAACUAGCAUGAUAAAGAGAAACCUGAUGCUCGAGGUCGUACACCUCUUAUGCUAGCAGUCACCCUUGGCCACCUAGAGUCAGCUCGAAUUCUUCUGCAGCAUGCAACCAAUGUUAAUACUGAGAACAGAGAGGGAUGGACAGUCGUCCAGGAAGCUGUUGCCACAGGUGACCCAGAGUUGCUGCAGCUACUUCUUGAGAGAAGGGACUUUCAAAGAUAUUCAAGCAGAAUUGGUGGUAUUCCAGAACUACUACAGAAACUUAAAGAGGCUCCUGAUUUUUAUGUGGAGAUGAAGUGGGAAUUCACAAGUUGGGUUCCACUGGUGUCCCGUAUGUGCCCAAGUGACACAUACAAAGUAUACAAGCAGGGAGCCAAUGUUCGAAUUGACACUACGUUACUUGGUUUUGACCAAACGAACUGGCAGCGUGGAAACAGGAGUUAUGUGUUUAAAGGGCAGUGUGAUUCAGCUUUGAUAAUGGAAGUGGACCAUGAGACACAGCAAGUGUAUGUGGAGCAGAUGUGCAAGAUAUCGGCAGAAGACCUUCAAUUUCUACAACCUAGUGAAGAAGCUAUCUCAUCCCGGCUCACCACACCCAUUGUUACCACAUAUAUUGAUACUGACAAGAUCAGCUUUGAAAGGAAUAAAUCUGGUAUAUGGGGUUGGCGGUCAGACAAAUGUGAACCAGUAAAUGGGUAUGAGUGUAAAGUGUUUGGAGCAAGUAAUGUUGAGUUAGUAACAAAAACUCGGACUGAACACCUCACAGAGACAGACAAAGUGAAGGCGAGAGCACCAAAGACACCACUACAGUCAUUCCUUGGUAUUGCAGAGGUAGAGGAGAAACAGGCAGCUCUUCCAGAAACAAAUAAUGAGGAAUACAGUCAUAUAGGCAACCCAUGUAAUAUUACACCUGAAGAAUAUUUUGAUGAUGAGAUGGACCUCAAAGGAAGAGAUAUUGGCCGUCCAAAAGAAGUUAAUACAAAAAUACAGAAAUUUAAGGCUACACUUUGGCUGUGUGAAAACUACCCAUUGAGUUUGCAGGAACAAAUAAUGCCAAUUGUAGAUUUAAUGGCAAUUUCGAGUUCCCACUUUGCCAAACUCAAAGAUUUUAUUCAGAUGCAGCUACCAGCAGGUUUUCCAGUAAAAAUAGAAAUCCCCCUGUUUCACGUGCUGAAUGCUAGAAUAACAUUUGGCAACAUAUUUGGUUUGGAUGAAGAAAUUCCUGGAGUCACGCGAAUUACAGAAGAAGACAGAAUUUCUUGCAUUGUGGAUGACAGCUGUUUUGUUCCUCCAGCAUCAUACUCAAAGUUAGGUGCAGAAGUUCGAAGACAGUUCAGCGUAGAAGAAGAAGAUGAACUACUUCAGUUUGCAAUUCAACAGAGUCUUAUAGAGGCUGGUAGUGAGAAAGAUGAGGUGGAUAUCUGGGAAGCAUUACGAGCCCAGCGACCAUCUCGACCAACCACUCCCAACAUUCAUGCUGAAGAGGAACGACAGCUACAAAGGGCAAUCCAGGCCAGCUUAGCCCUGUACCAGCAGAACCUCUCUGCUAGUUCCCCUGACAGUGGCUCCUCUGCUUUUCGUACUAGUCCUGAGGGUGGGGAAACCGAUUCUUCUGAUAGCCCGAUAGUAUCUGACCAUGAUCUGCAGAUGGCUUUAGUCCUCUCGCAGCGUGAACGUGAGGAGGAGGAGCGACAAAAGAGGCAGGAGGAGGAAAUGCUGGAACAAGUGUUGCAGCUGUCACUCACAGAGAAGUGACAUGAAGUAAAAGUGCCAUGUUGACAUUUUGUUACCAUAUGAUAGAGGUGAGGUGUCAUCUUGAAUUCUUCUGUAUUUCCAUCAUGAAUACUUCUAAAGUUACUAAUGCAAUCAUCAGUGGUGCAGUGUUAUACAUUGGCAUGACAUUUGGCAUUAAUGAUCGGGAAAGAAUACCAGUAAGUUGAAAUACCUUCUCACCAUGGGGCCCACAGUCCUUUUUUUUUAAAAAAAAGGCCUGCUUUAGUAUUUUGAAACAUAAGUUAACAAGUUGACUUCUAUUUAUACAAUAAUUAAAGUAUUCUGAAAUAACUCACCUGCCUAGGAUUUGAGGUUUUCACAGUGGUGAGACCCAAGUUGGCUGUCUUCUGGAUUGUAGUGUUGUGUAGCCUGGUAGAAGUUUACCGUUGCCCUGAUGAUGCAGUUAGCAAGGACCUCUUAAACGUUGGUAAACUUGUACCAGACUACACAGUGCUACAGCUCAGAAGACAGCCAUCUUCAAACUCAUAUACCUAUUUAUACUGUGUAAAAGUAAUGUACAGUGUAAGAUUAUUUCUUUUACCAUGUCUGGAUUUCUAUCUAUUGUGCUGUCAUUGAACUUGUGGAUUUUAAAAGUUAUUUUCAGUUUUAAUUGUUUACUGUAUUAUAAAAUGAUACUUGGAGCAUUUAUAUUUACAAGAAUAAUUUAUUAUCUUUUUCUAUUUCAGCUUCCUUUCUAUAUAUGUAUGGGGAAUUAGUCCCAGUAUGUUCAUAUAACUUCUGUAGUACUUUGAAACUUAUGUAUAUUGGUGUUUUAUUUUAAUUUUAAAGCAAAAAAUGGCAGUGAAAGCAGUGUAAUCAGGUCUGUGAGGUGUUGAUAGUAUGAAACAAAUAAAUAUUUGGUCUUUAGAAUUGCUGGUAUGUUUGUUGGGCCAGUGACACUUUUCAGUUCUAUGUUUCUUUGUUACACUGCCUGUUUUCUUCCAUAAUUUGAAUGCGUGAGGCUCACAUGGCAUUUAAUUUAGUUAUAAAUUACUGUUCAACAUAUCUGAUGUCACCAACAUUGGAUCCUUCAUCAUCGGCAUCAUUCAUUGACAUGUUUACUUGUGUAGAAUUUAAAACAGCAACAUGGUGAUCAUAUGAAUAUUUUUAUUUAGUUCUCAGUUUGUGGUCAGUAAAUUUGUGAAAAAGUUUUCUUAUUCUUUGUUUUCCUUCCUGAGGUUCUCCUCUUGACCAGGUCUUCCCUCACAUGAACCUUUAUCUUGUUGGUUUAUUUAAAAUUCUUGAGAUUGAUAAUGCUGGUUUAGCUUUAUAAAUUUUACUAGUUGUAUGUUUUCAGACUAAUACUAGUUUGAAAACUGGGUUUAUGUUAUCCUGAAUGCUGGUGUAACUUUGUUUUGUAUUUAGAUUUUUUUCUUCCACAAGCAACUUGUUCAAAUAUUUUGUUGUUAUUACAAAAUAUAAUUUAUAUUAUAUAACAUGAAAUGAAAGCAUGAAGACAGGCGAUAGAAGAUGAAUAUCAGGUUAAAUGCAUUUGAUGAGACUGACUGCAGAUUACAACCUUUCUAACAAUAAAAAAAUUACAGGCUUUUCGUUUCUUACAUAUCAUAUUUUAUGCAGUGCUAUAGAAGA